AUGCAGACUGCUUCUACAAACAUUUGUGAAAGACUGUGCAAUAAGUCCAUCGUUGACAUUUCCUGGCUACUAAAUAUUCCGCGCUCAACUGUUAGUGGUAUUAUAACAAAGUAGAAGCAACUGGGAACAACAGCAACUCAGCCACCAAGUUGUAGGCCACGUAAAAUGACAGAGUGGGUUCAGCGUAUGCUGAAGCGCACAGUGCACAGAAGUCACCAACUGUAUGUAGAGUCAAUAGCUAAAGACCUCAAAACUUCAUGUGGCCUUCAGAUUAGCACAGCAACAGUGCAUAGAGAGCUUCAUGGAAUGGGUUUCCAUGGCCGAGCAGCUGCAUCCAAG